AGAGUUGUGGUUGUGGAAGACAUAAAACGAUGGAAGUCUAUGCUUGAGCUUCCUGGGCAACCGAAAGAGAAUCUGAUCGAAGCUUUGGAGGAGCUGAAGAAGAAAAUACCUUCCAGGGAAGUGUUACUUUCAACAAAAAUAGGUCACACAGUGAAUAAGAUGCGCAAACAUUCAGAUCACGAUGUGGCCAGCCUUGCCAAAGAUAUUUACACAGAGUGGCGAACUUUCAUCAAAGACCAUUCAAACAAGCCCUCAAUAGAGGUCAGGAGCGAUCCCAAGACCGAGGCUUUCAGAAAGAAUGCGCGGAAGCUGCUUUGUGAAGCCCUGGAUCUAGAGAUUGAUCACCCACUGGCUGAAAAUAUUGAGCGAGAAGCUUUUCAUCUCUCUUCCCGUCUCAUUAGCGCACCGUAUCGCAGAAUGGUGCGAGCUCUUGUCUUCUCAUUAAAGCACAAACCUGAAAUCCAAGCAGAAGUCAAGACUGGCACACUCACUGUCCCUGUGUUUGUACAGAGCCAUAAAAAGUGA